UCGUUUAAUGACAGGAUGUCCCGCUAUUUAGCUAGAUCUGGAUGCUUUCGUGUAAUGUGAGGCGACGUGGUUGGCUUACGAAUAUAAAGAGACGGACAAAAGUGCAUGUCAGCUUGUCGAGCUCCUCAAAGUAGCCAGAGAAGAAUAGCUUGUCUCAAGGUGUCAACCGUAGAAAACAUUCUGAACCAACAUGAAGGCUACAAUCAAGGAUGGCAUUGUGUACUCCCCGCACCCGAAGGUUGACAUCCCACUGUGCUCUGUCUACACAGCAAUGAAAGAAUUCAUCACAACGUCUCCUGAUCAACUUGCACUGGUGGACGAGAAGUUGCGCCUCACACGUGGCGAGUUCUUUUCCCGCAUGCGGAGUUACGCGGCGGGCUUCCAGGCGCAGGGCAUCCGGCUGGGCGACCGCGUCUGCGUGCAUCUAGACAACAGUGUCGAGAACAUGGUUGUUCUUUUCAGCAUCACCUUCACGGGGGCCUCGGUGCUGCUAUCGAAUCCUGUGUUGAACGAAAACGAGCUUCUCUUUCAAGUCGACCAUGGGGAUGCAACUCACAUCUUGACGAGUCCACAACACGCAGCUAAGGUUACUGCAGUUAAGGACAAAACGAAAGUUAAGGGUUUGUUUAUAAUCGGCGAGCCUGUUCCUGGCUUUGUGUCCGUGUCUGAUUUCACGGAAUUGAACGAAGACGACUUCAAGGAAGUGCCCAUUGCAGACCCUAAGCAGACCACUCUCGCUGUGUUCUACUCAUCCGGUACGACGGGCGACGCCAAAGGAAUGGAGAUAUCUCACUACAGUCUCGUCGCCAACCUAUACAUGACCAAGGUCCUGGUUAACUAUGAACCCGGAGAUGUCCUCCUCGCCUGGUAUCCCAUAACGUAUGCAUCCGGUUUCAUGUUCAUACCAGCGGCGGCCUACGCCGGAGCCACAUGCGUCAUUGUACACCCCGGAUUGACGUUUGACCAGUUCGUCUAUUACGUCACAAAAUACAACGUUACUACAGUAGCGACAGUUCCGGUGCGGCUGCACUAUUACCUGGCCGACAUGAUGCGGACAGGGACGAAGCUGCCCUCCGUAAAGAAAAUCAACAUGGGUGGCACUGUCUUGACCCAAACAUUUGCCAACAAGGUACUGGAAGUCUUUGAUGGCGUCCGCUCCCUUCGGAACCAUUAUGCUACAUCUGAAUCCUGCGGUCUUCUGUGUUCUCCUCCUAGUGGCGAAAUAUCUUCGGGAAACGUUGGCUUUCCGGCACCAAUGGUUGAGCUAAAGUUCAUCGACAUGGAUACGGGCGAGAAAGUGGGACCGAGGCAAUACGGCGAGCUGUACUUUCGCAUUCCGAGCGUCAUGAAGGGGUACUACAAAAAUCCCGCGCUCGUCAAGGAGUUUAUGGAUGAGGACGGAUGGUGCAAAUCAGGGGACAUCAUGUACUAUGAUGAAGAUGGUCGCGUGUACUUUGUCGACCGGGUGAAGGACAUGAUCAAGUGCCUAGAUCAGCAAGUGUCGUCUAUGGAGCUGGAAUGCCUGCUGCAGAGCCACCCCAGUGUGGCCGACGCCGCCGUAGUUGGAGUUGCGAAGACAGAGUACGGCGAUGCCCCGACUGCCUUCGUGGUUCUUCGAGACCCGACAGCUGCCUCCCCCGAAGUGGCAGCGAAACUAAAGGAACACGUUGCAUGCAAAACUGAAAAGUUUAAGCAUCUCCACGGUGGACUUGUGUUUAUGGACCGUUUGCCCCGGAACACCAACGGCAAGGUCAUCAAGCGCCAACUGAAGCUCUUAUAUGAUAAAUCGAAGGUGUACUAAGGCCCCUGAUUGUGAUCACCUGAUGGAGCAGA